GGGGUGAUUCGGGACCCCGCCAUGUGUACUGUUCUGCCCGAGAGCUAGAGCUAGAGAGCGCACACUUCCUGGAGCUGUAAGAAGCCGCUCUGGCAGCGCGGCCAGCGAACCAAAACAACACCAACAACAUGGAGGAGACGAGUUAAAGCCCGGCCCGUGUGUGGAAUGGGUGGAAGGACGUGUAUCUGUGAGAGACGGACACGUGUGGCACAUGUUUCAAAGCCAAUGUCGGGGAGCCUGUGUUCAUCCGCAGUCCAGCUCAGCUAAGCUAAGCUAAGCGGCCUAGCUAACUAGCUAACGCUACAGCACGCAGUGUCGCUGUCAGUAUACUUUUAUUUAGUUUAUAGUUCCAGUGCAAAAACUCCACCGGUUGCCUUUCAAACCCGUUAUUUUUGAACAGGUAACCAGAAAACAUCACCGUCUCCUGUCACGUCCUUCGCACUUUCCACUAAAGUGAAGCUAGCUGCAAUGCUAGCUUGUUAGCUAGCUAACUUUCCAAAAGUUGCUGCAAAACCCGUCAGUGUUGUGAUGCCCGGCCUGGCAGUACACACCAGACACACUCUUACUUUUCUCACAGGCCUUUUUGCCACCUACUGAAUGUUCCUAGCUUCUGGAAAACGCUUGUAUUUUCACGCGUCGUGUUUUUAAUGCUUGGUGUUAGCUAGCUAGCUGGCUAGCGAUGUCUGUCCCGUCCUCAGAAAUGCUCGAGACGCCUCCUGGAUAUCCUUUCGAGGAGAUUGAGUAUGGAGACAUUGAAGUGGAAGAGGUGGUGGGCAGAGGAGCUUUCGGAGUGGUAUGCAAGGCCAAGUGGAAAGGCAAAGACGUGGCCAUCAAGACCAUAGAGAGUGAAUCAGAAAGGACUGCUUUUUUUGUCGAGCUCCGUCAGUUGUCUCGCGUGAAUCACCCCAACAUUGUGAAGUUGUACGGCUCCUGUCAAAACCCUGUAUGUCUGGUAAUGGAAUAUGCAGAAGGCGGCUCUCUGUACAAUGUGUUGCACGGCGCAGAGCCACUCCCCCACUACACAGCGUCCCACGCCAUGAGCUGGUGUAUGCAGUGUGCUCAGGGCGUCUCGUAUCUCCACGGCAUGAAACCAAAGGCGCUCAUUCACAGGGACCUCAAGCCACCCAAUCUGCUGCUGGUCGCCGGAGGCACCGUUCUCAAGAUCUGUGACUUCGGGACGGCGUGCGACAUCCAGACGCACAUGACCAACAACAAAGGCAGCGCAGCCUGGAUGGCUCCCGAGGUGUUCGAAGGCAAUAACUACAGCGAGAAGUGUGACGUGUUCAGUUGGGGUAUUAUUCUGUGGGAGGUGAUCACACGCAGGAAGCCUUUUGAUGAGAUCGGAGGACCAGCCUUCCGCAUCAUGUGGGCCGUGCACCGUGGAACUCGUCCUCCUCUCAUUAAGAACCUGCCCAAGCCCAUCGAGAGUCUGAUGACACGCUGCUGGUCCAAAGAUCCCUCACAGCGGCCUUCCAUGGAGGAGAUCGUCAAAAUCAUGACCCACCUGAUGAAGUAUUUCCCUGGGUCAGACGAGCCGCUGCAGUACCCGUAUCAAUAUUCGGAUGAAGGCCAGAGUAACUCUGCAACCAGCACAGGCUCCUUCCCCAGCAUGAGCAACAAGAACGACGGCAGCAUGGAUCACGGCACUCCGGCCGGCACCAACGACACCAUCAAGACCAUAGAGAAGUUCGCACCAUUCAAACCAAAGGCUGAUCCACUGAGGCCUGGGCAUUCUCUGUCAAGAGGGGGCAGCGUUGAGAGUCUGUCAGUGCCAGGCAGAACACACUGCCUGCCCUCAUCCGACAGCAAACGAAUGAGCGCCGACCUCUCUGAGCUCAGACAAGAUGACAAGAUGCCCUUCUCUCCAGCGCGGCCGCAGUAUAAACGAGGCCACCGCAAAACAGCGUCACAUGGCACCAUUCUGGACAUUCCAGAGAUCAUCGUCACAGCCACCUGUGACCUUAGACGGAGGUCAGUACAGGAUCUGCCUGCCGCCUUCCCUGGAGAGACAGGACAGGAAAGCAGGAACAGCAGCAGGUCGUCCAGUCCCAGCGUAAGGAUGAUCACGCCCGACAAGAACAGAUACAGUUUCUCUCCCGAUGACCCUACAGACACUAAUGGUUCUGAUAACUCCAUUCCCAUGGCUUAUCUGACACUGGAUCACCAGUUACAGCCACUCGCUCCAUGCCCGAACUCCAAGGAGUCGAUGGCUGUGUUUGAGCAGCACUGUAAGAUGGCACAGGAGUACCUGAAAGUGCAGACGGAGAUCGCUCUGCUCAUCCAGAGGAAGAACGAGCUGAUAGCCGAGCUCGAUCAGGACGAGAAGGACCAGCAGAACACAUCUCGUCUGGUCCAGGAGCACAAGAAGCUUCUAGAAGAGAACAAGAGCUUGUCCACCUACUUCCAGCAGUGCAAGAAGCAGCUGGAGCUCAUCCGUGCACAGCAACAGAAAAGACAGGGCACGUCGUGAUGCCCUUUCAGAAAAAAGGAGAAAAAAAAUGCCGCAGACACAGACUGGCUCACUUACACCAUGUCUUGUUUUUUUGUUUUUUUUUUUGUUUUUCCCCAGCCCCAGUUAAUCAUGAUUUCCUCCUGUAGCAGCCUGUGUUUCGACGCCAUGGAUUGACUUGGCUGAGACUGACUGUGCACGAGCAUGUCGCCUCCAGAACAGGAUCGAGAGCAUUUGAAAUGCCAACUAGAAGUUCUCUUUUAUUAAAAAAAAAAAAAAAAGAGCAGUGCGCUUGUAUACACACUAAUGCCCCUGUUGGUCCUAAUGAGCCAAAGUUUAGCUUUUUUUUUUUUUUUUUAGUGAAGUGUGCAGAUUCGAGGCCUUAGGGAAGGACCACGUCUGUGUAAAUCCCAUCGGUUCGCAGGAAUGUCGGUUCGAUUUGCCCUUCCUCACCAAUCCCACAAUUCCCCUGGAGGAUCAGGCGAUGCCGCUUUACUGGCCGUCGGUCCUUGAGAAUGUGAACACAAAGCAGUUUUAAGUUACAUGGAUUCUAAACUGAUUUUAUUGUGUUUAUAUAUAUAUAUAUAUCUUAGUUCAUAUCUUAUUUUCAUUUUUAACCUUAUGCAAAAACUAUGUAUCUUUUAUGAUAUUUCUUGCUAAAGGCGUUUUAAUGUUAAAAGGGGGAUGUAUUUUGCAUAUGCCUUGCACGUCGUACCUUGAACCCAGCACCUGUGACGAAAUAAGGGAGCCUCACAAAAAAAAAAACAAAAAAAAAAGAUGCAAUAUUUUAAACAGCUUUGUUUUCUUUUCAAGUUUAUUAGCUGUAAAGCCAGAUUAACCCGGCUCAGCAGUAUAGCUUAUGUUAUUGUGAUACCAAGACAGCUAAUUAAGAUUACAGUGUUGUUUUUUUUUUUCCUCUUUAUUUAUCAUCCGCUGACCUUGUACGGUGACUUGCACACAGGUGUCGAUGAGAUAGAAGCUGUAGAAUCACGCAGGCUCGUUCCUGCCUGAUCUGUUGUUUUUUUUUUUUUUUUUUUUUCUUUUCUUUUUUUUUUUUUUUUUUGGAGUAUUCUUAGUUCACAUGUUGCCUUAGAGGUUUAAUCGCUUGCAUUUACUUGCGUUUUAAUAAGGCGGACUCGUUAAGUGUAAUUAACAGUAUAACCAAUUGGUGUGCGUGAGUGGAUCUUUUUUUUUUUUUUUCUUUUAUGCAAAGAAAUGGAAUCAGGAAGCUAACGUGAGCCAGAUUUAUUUUUUUUUUAAUCUGGUCGAAGGUGUGGUGUUAGUAUGCUGCAGAAAUCACUGACCGUCAUGUCCGUCGCUCACGAUUCCACUUCAUUCAGUCGUCAGUUACGUCUCAUCUGUGUGAGAGUUCCCCUUUGUUGUAUUUUAAGAAAAGAGCGUGUCCACUCAAAGCAGGUGACAUCUCUUGUCCUUCCUGCCUCUGAAAUCUGUCCCCUCUGGCAUUUUUUUUGCACAGUCACCUUGUUCAUGAUGACACAAGUUAGCGUUUCACUCACAACUUUCUGAGCACGGAAAAAAAAUUCACAAUCUUUGUCUAUUUUUUUUUCAGUUGUCAUUUUUUCUGUACCUAUUUGUUUGUUCCUCAAGUUGCAUUUGUAUGAUGAGUGUCUGUACUUUGCGCUGUACAUAAGACGUCUGAUUUCUUAAGCUAUGGGGAGCGGGAUUGCACAGAGGAGUAUCGCAUCUUGAAAUAAAACGGACAGGUGGACAUUG